AUCUGAGCCGCCUCCGGUCCGGCACGGCGGAUGUUUGUGCGAGAAGCUGGAACAGGCAUACCAGCAGAGCUUCUUCCGUGCUGCUUUAAUACCACUCGACCCCCCUCUCCUCCUUGGCCGCCCACGCCCUGACGCACCCCCGCUAUUGUAUAUUGCGACUUCGGCCACCCCGUCCACUGCCCUCUUUACCGCGCAGUAGAACUCCCCGCCCGAUUGCUCUCUGUCAACUCUCCCAACCCAGAACCACGCCUAUCCUCGUGUCUGUUUUUGCGCCGCUACCCGUCUCCUCUUCAACAUGGCCGACGACUCGCGGACCGAGACAUCCUCCCAGCUGUCGUCCCCAACGGACCACGGAUCGGUCGACUCCGGCUUCCUCUCGGGAACCCCGUCCACCGUCAGCCUGCCGCGGAUAUCCCUCACUCAGCCGCAUCUGCAGCAUCUCAACAAACAGCUCGAGUCGCUGCACCCCAUGGACAUUCUUCGUUUCUGCAAGAUUUUCUUCCCCAACCUCUACCAAUCGACUGCUUUUGGCCUGACUGGCCUCGUCACCGUGGACAUGCUCUCCAAGAUCGACGCCGAGUCGGCCAACCCCCAACCGAUCGACCUCAUUUUCCUCGACACGCUCUACCACUUCCAGGAGACAUAUGACCUUGUCGAGCGGGUCAAGUCCCGCUAUAACGUCCGCGUCCACGUCUUCAAGCCCGCGGAUGUCGAGACCGUCAGCCAGUUCGAGGAGUUGUACGGCGAGAAACUGUACGAAACAUCGUCCGAGCUGUACGACUGGAUUGCCAAGGUGGAACCGCUGCAGCGCGCCUAUUCGGAGCUCAAGGUAGCCGCCGUGCUCACGGGCCGGCGUCGGUCGCAGGGAGGGCAGCGGGGAGACAUCAAGAUCAUCGAGGUUGACGACGAGCGCGGGGUCAUCAAGAUCAACCCGCUUGCGAACUGGACCUUCGCGCAGGUCAAGGAGUACGUCACGGAGCACAAGGUGCCCUACAACGCUCUCCUGGAUCGGGGAUACAAGUCAGUUGGCGAUUGGCACUCGACGGUCCCCGUGGGCGAGGACGAGGACGAGCGUGCCGGCCGGUGGAAGGGGCAGGACAAGACCGAGUGCGGCAUCCACAACAAGCAGAGCCGCUAUGCCCAGUGGCUCAAGGCGACAGCCCAGCGAGAACAGCAGGUCCAGGUGGCAUGAGCAUGGAACCGAGCGCGGACAGGCCGAGACCGCCCUUCGACGCUAUAGAUUAAAGGUGGAAGAGUUAAUGAUGGCUCCACGAUGAUGUUUGGGAAAGGGCACAUACGACAAGUUCACAUACAUCACGAUGGCAUUACAGCGGAGUUGGGGCGCGCUUGGAGUUGGGAGCAUUUGGUUUUCGUGGCCAUUGCCUGAUCGCUGCACUCGAAGAGCAUCUGGUGGUUGUUUGUAUGAAAAUUCAUUGCCUUCAGACUAAAGUCGCUAGAGAAAUCAAGGACGUUU